AUGGCUCCAGUUUUGGUUAUCGCAACGGGCACAGCACUAAAUUUUCAGUGGAGUCUACCAGCGGACACGGGUGGGACUUUGGAUUUAACUUACUUCGUUAAAGUUGAGAGCUCAAGUUCGGUCGGCGUCAAUCCGUCCGUCGGUCGGUCCUACAAUGCGACUCAACUAGUCUAUAGCACCGUCUACAGCAUCUCCGUUUGUGCUGCGAAUAUCGCGGGGAAUGGCAGUUGGAGCCCUGUUCUCACGGCGAUGACGCAGCCUGACACUGCAGGGGAAUUCAAUUUUGCUCAAACGAGCAUCUCCGUGUUCGAGAAUGCAAGUCAAGUGGCUAUCGCGGUGCAGCGAGUAUCAGGAUUAAGUGGUCAAGUUACGCUCACAUACACAGUCGGACCCACCGGAACUUCGCUAGCCACCGUAGGAUCUGACUACGCUGUGGCGAAAGGAUCCACAGCAACGACGGGUAAAAUCGUGUUCGAGCCGCUCCAGAACCAAAACAACAUCGUCAUCUUCAUUCUGAAUGACGCACUCUACGAGAAUCCUGACGAGACGUUCGCAGUUACCAUUGCGUCCGUAUCAUCCACCCUAGGGGUAGCCAAGGUGGGCAGCAACAGUAAAACCACAGUCACCAUUCUGGAUGACGGCGACGCGGGUUUUGUCAGCUUUGAGAGUCCGACGUAUUCCUUCUCGGAGGGUUUUCCAACUGCGACGGUCACGAUCAUCCGUGAAUAUGGCAAAAGCAGCCGCAUUUCGCUUGUCUUUGAGUUCUCGGGCGGCACUGCAACUCCAGACGUUGACUAUCGCAAAACCACAACUCCUGUCGUGAUGGAGGACGGCGUCGUACAGGCGACAUUGACCUUCUCGAUAAUCAACGACCGGGUGUUUGAAUUCCCCGACGACGUCACAAUUGCCGCCAGCACCUCGUUCGGCAACGGAAACUUUAGUAAUGUUACGCUGUUUUCUACAACAGCUCCAACGCUACCGGGACCGAUAACCUACAUGGCGAGUGAAUUUCGAACUGGAGGUCGGAUCACUUUUAUGUGGUCUCCUCCAGACGAUACGGGCGGCAUUCCAGUUACCAAAUAUCGAGUCUAUAUGGCGGAUACUCAGGGGACAAAGCAGGUCAAGUGGCGCUAUUGUAUGAGCUUUUGUUCGAAUUUGCGCUAA